AUGGAUUCUGGACCUCUUUGCUCUCUGGCACUCUUUGUAAGAGUGUUUAUGAUUUCUGCCACAGCAUCAGCGCUCAACCUCGAAGGAGAACUUUUCAAAGACUUGAUGAAGGGCUACAACAAGAACGUUCGGCCCAUGGAGAACAGCGGAGACAUCACCCAGGUCUUCAUCAAGAUGACACUCACCAACCUCAUCUCUUUGAAUGAAAAAGAGGAGGCCCUGACGACCAGCGUCUGGAUAGAAAUGCAAUGGUGUGACUACAGGCUCAGAUGGGACCAGCUGCCCAGAUCAGCUCUGUAUGGAAACAUCACCUCUGAGCUACGUGUUCCCUCUAAAAGCAUCUGGCUGCCUGACGUCAUACUGGAGAACAAUGUGGAUGGACAAUUUGAGGUCGCACUUUACUGCAAUGCCCUUGUGUCUCCUAAUGGCUGUGUGUACUGGCUGCCUCCUGCCAUUUACCGCAGUGCUUGUGCCAUCACAGUUAACUACUUUCCCUUUGACUGGCAAAACUGCACUAUGGUUUUCCGCUCCCAGACUUACAGUGCCAAUGAGAUCGAGCUGGUUCUCAAAGAGGAAGAGAACCACACACUGGAGUGGGUGGAUAUCGACCCAGAGGCUUUUACAGAGAACGGAGAGUGGAUCAUCAAACACAGGCCAGCCAAGAAGGUGAUCAACACUCAGUAUACUAAAGAUGAACUGGAGUACCAGGAGGUCGUCUUCUUCCUCAUCAUUCAGAGAAAGCCCCUCUUCUACAUCAUUAACAUCAUUGCUCCCUGUGUGCUCUUCUCUUCUCUCUGUCUGCUGGUCUACUACUUACCUGCCAAAGCUGGUGGUCAGAAGUGCACCAUGUCUAUUGCCACUCUUCUGGGCCAGACUGUGUUCCUCUUCCUUAUUGCAAAGAAGGUUCCAGAAACAUCAAAAGCAGUGCCUCUCAUUGGAAAGUAUCUGAUGUUUGUCAUGUCAGUGACCACCAUGGUGGUGAUGAACUGUGUGAUUGUCCUCAACGUCUCCCUGAGAACUCCAAACACUCACAUAAUGACAGACAAAGUCCGAAAGAUCCUCCUGAACAUCCUGCCUCGGCUGCUGAGGAUGCGGAUGCAGCCCUGGACACCAAACAGUGACAAUAUCUCAGAAGCUGAAAACAGUGAAACGCUUCCCACAGGCAGGGACGGUGUGUUUCUGGUCCCCUGUCGACGUCGCAGCUCUAUAAUUCUCAUCAGCAAAGCAGAGGAAUAUGUGUUGAAAACAGCUCGAUCCGAGCUCAUGUUUUCCAUCCUCAGAGAGAGAAACGGAUUGAUGAAAUCUGCUUUAGAGAAGCUACAUGAGGGAUUGGAGGGCGGCACAGCGGAACAGCUCAGCACCAGUUUAGUAAAGGCUUCUCCAGAGCUAAGGCAGUGUGUGGCCUCCUGCAAACACAUAGCAGAGACUGCACGACAGCAGAGCGACUUCCAGAAUGAGAAUCAAGAGUGGUUCCUGGUCGCCCGGGUGAUCGACAGGGUUUGCUUUAUUGUCAUGGCUUUGGUGUUUUUCAUCGGCACUAUUGGGAUCUUCCUGAUGGGACAUUUCAACCAGCCGCCCUCGUCACCUUUCCUCGGGGAUCCAAAGAAAUAUCUCCCUCCAUUAAACAAUCUUACUGUUGUAGCUGAGAAUGGAGCCGACUUCCUGGGGUGAACCGAACGGAAGCUGUUGGAGCUCAUCCUUACACCCCGAGUGAAAAUCUGACAGCGUCUGUCCGUGAGGUGUCACCAAUCACACACAGAGAAUGGAGAAGAUACAGCUGUAUGUAUGUUCUGUACUGAUGCCAGUUGUGAGUCUGUGGAUUUUCAAAGACAUAAAGUGAAAAAAUGCUUGUUCAUGGUGAUAAAGGAUCCGUUGUGCAGUUGUGUGGAUGCAUACUUGUUUGAGCUGUAACUGACUGCUGAGGUUGUACAAUAGUUUUGUGGCAUAUAAUGCUGGAAAAGGUAUGUUAAAAGUAUUUGUUGUAAACGGUUUCAUUUCAUAUAAAUCUGAGGCCAUCAUGAGACAGUAGUUGAGACAUGGUGUUGAUCACACAUGCAAGGA